GUGGCUACUUGGAAAACCAGUCUGGAAAUCAUGUAGGAGACUUUAUAUAUGGCGACUAGAUCACGGCGGAUACAUUAAAGAAUAUAUAGUUGUUAGGAAUGGAAAGUGCACAAGGUGCUUGUCCAACCGUCUCUCUCUCUAACGGCCUCAAGAUUCCCAUACUGGGACUAGGGACGUCUCACCACGGAGGCUACUCCCAUGAUGCAGUGCUGUACGCUCUGCAGGAGUGUGGCGUUCGUCACGUGGACACAGCUCGUCGCUAUGGUUGCGAGGCCCAGCUGGGCCGGGCGCUGGCGGAGUGUGGGGUUGCCCGUGACGACCUGUGGGUCACCACCAAGCUGUGGCCCGGAGACUACGGUUACAGGAACGCUAGGCAGGCCUGCCUCGAGUCCUGCUCCCACCUGGGGCUGGACUACCUGGACCUCUACCUGAUGCACUGGCCAGACUGCCAGGCUCCUGGGCAGAGCAACAGAGAGACGAGGGCAGAGACCUGGAGGGCCCUGGAGGAGCUGUAUGCCGAAGGGGUGUGCAGGGCUAUAGGAGUCAGUAACUUCCUGGAGCGCCACCUGCAGGAGCUGAAGGAGGACUGCAGCAUCAUUCCCCACGUUAACCAGGUAGAGUACCAUCCGUUCCAGCAGCCAAAGGAACUUGUGGCGUUCUGCAGGCGUGAGGGCGUGGUGUUCGAGGGCUACUGCCCCCUCGCCAAGGGCCAGGCCCUCAGCCACCCCAUUAUCCUGCGCCUGGCGCACCAGCACCAGCGCACCCCCGCUCAGAUCUGCAUCCGCUGGAGCAUUCAGAGUGGUGUGGUCACCAUCCCCAAGUCCACCAAGAAGGAGAGGGUUCUGGAGAACAGUCAGGUGCUGGACUGGAGUCUGUCUGAGGAAGAUGUUGACACCAUGAGAACACUGCACUGUGACAGGAAACUGAUCCAGCUUACCUACCCCCUGUGGAGAGGAUGAACACACACACACCUACCCCCUGUGGAGAGGAUGAACACACACACACCUACCCCCUGUGGAGAGGAUGAACACACACACACCUGCCCCCUGUGGAGUGGAUGAACACUUUGUGGUAAUGAAAUUACCACAAAUAUUGCAAUCAAUUUAUGCAAACAUCAAGCAAUCGUCCGCAUCCUCAUAAUCAGUAUUGCACAGAUGGAGCAGAGCAUAUUUUUCUGACUAUAUCGUUCGGUUUUAUAUAACACAACUUCCAACGUUUACAGAGACUUAAAAAAGUGUAGCAAAUCAGCUUAAUCUACAUGACUGACAAUUUUGAGAUUUAUUUUCGAGGCUGCAGUCGCGAAAAAAGAUUUGAGUGAGCGAGACACACAGAGUGAACUAGGAGAUGUGUCAUACAGGACAUGAGUUAGAAGUGUUGCUGCUAUCUUCACCCAAGUGCCUCAAAACAACCAGCGUCAUAAAAUAACUACACCAUCCUUAGUUACCAUGACUACCACACCAUCCUUAGUUACCAUGACUACAACUACAGGAAAUGACAUGUAUCCAUGUCAAAGUAUAAAGAGCCAAUAAACCUCUAUGAAGAGGGUGGUGGUAACCAUAGUAACAUUGGACCUGUAGCACUACAUAAGCUACCUUAGUUACAACAGUUAACAAGUGUUAUGUUUACGUUUGACUUCAGCUGAAUAAACGUGUGUGUACGAUGUGUA